AUGGCGCAGGUAGUCCUCGAGCAGUACAGUCACGUGCGGUUUCUCGUUCUCCUGCUGUGCUUUUGCGCCCGGUCUUCAGGCGCGGACAGAGGCGCUGCGAGUACUUGGCUUGGCGUCGGCAUCCCACGGAGACCUUGGUCAGCAAGCGCUGGCGUCCGGGAUGACAACCUUCCGAGCGCGAAGCACCGGUCGAGGGCCAACGGCAGACGAGGCUUCCGAAAGUGGGCACCAGAGAAUAUGCGGAAAUACUUAUUGGACAACAGCGCCCCCACGUGCGACUACGCGACGCCGAAGAAGCGCCCCCUGUCGAGUGACCAGGCUGCGGAGUCCGAGCCUUGCGUAAAGCGUGCUCUCGCCAACAGCCGGCACCAGUUAUGGCAAGAGGCCCCUUGCGACGUCGCUUGCUCCACCUUCUACCGGAAUGCCAAGUUAGACAACCAUGACGUUCGAUGUGCGACGCGGCAGUUGGACAUGUGCCUCAAAUGCGUGACCUUCGAUAGCGUCGUCGCCCCUGCCGUGAAGACUUGGGUCAGCAAGGCGCGGGGCGAGCUCGCGAGCCUCCUGCCGUCGUACUGGGACCGGUGGGGCGCCGAAGUUGCAGGCGCCGCGGUCGAUGACGGGCACAAAUUUGCAGUUAGCGCGAAGUGCAUGGAUGCGUUGCUUGCGCAUCUGCUGGCAGAGCGGGAUGGGCGCGGACCCGAUGCCCAGGUCCCACCAAAGCUUCAUGGCCAGCUCCAUGCAGUGGAGUCACGUCUGAUCCAUGAGCUCAAGACGAAUUGGCCGCCAAUCAAAGAAAAGGUUGGACUUGUGGAUGUCUGCCGCAGUUUCGAUCUGCACUUCACGCAGCGGGACGAAUGCAAGGACGCCUACACGACCCACUGGGACAACCCAGAGCCCGACACUCUCUACGUGCACUGCGACUACAAAGAGCACGACCAGCUGCCCGUUGGGCCGCGAGAGAUCGGCGAGUUCUUUGUUUACGCAGGCGGGGUGCAGGGAGUCACGGUACUCACGUUUGUGGCGUGGGCGCGGACCUGGGAGCGCUCUUAUUUCACCUACGCCUCAGAGGUAAAAGAGCAGUCGUCGUUGUUCGCCAUUUCGUGUCUGGAGGAUGUCCUCAGGCGCGUGGGCUUGCCAUCGUUCAAAUCGGUCGUGUAG